AGAAGGAGGACCAGGAGGAUCAGGAGCAGGAGGAGAAGGAGGAGUCAACAACUACGCGGAACCGGGGCCCCGGGAGCCCCUGCCAGGAUGGUGUUGGAAGGCAGCGCCGAAGCCGGGCCCCCUGGGCCCCUGGAGCUCCGGCACCCCGGCUCCAAGCCCCCUCGGAUCCUCCCUGCCACGGGAGGGGAGAGUUUGAUCGUGGGCAAGGAGCCCGUCAAGUAUGGGGAGCUCAUCGUCUUGGGCUACAACGGAUCGCUGGCGAGCGGGGACAAGGGUCGACGUCGCAGCCGCCUGGCGCUCAGCCGGAGACCCAAAGCCAACGGGGUCAAGCCCGACAUCAUCCACCACAUCUCCACCCCCCUGGUCUCUAAGGCGCUGAGUAACCGGGGUCAGCACAGCAUCUCAUAUACGCUCUCCCGGAGCCACUCGGUGAUUGUGGAGUACACACACGACAACGACACCGACAUGUUCCAGAUCGGCCGCUCCACGGAGAACAUGAUCGACUUCGUGGUGACGGACACGGCUCCGGGCGGCGGGGACGGGCCGGCGGCCCAGAGCACCAUUUCCCGCUACGCGUGCCGGGUCAUCUGCGAGCGCUGGCCCCCGUACACCGCCCGCAUCUACGCCGCCGGCUUCGACGCCUCCAGCAACAUCUUCCUCGGAGAGCGGGCGGCAAAAUGGAGGACUCCGGACGGGUUGAUGGACGGACUGACCACCAACGGGGUGCUGGUCAUGCACCCGGCCGGGGGCUUCUCCGAAGACUCGGCCCCCGGGGUUUGGCGGGAGAUCUCCGUCUGCGGCAACGUCUACACCCUGAGGGACAGUCGCUCUGCGCAGCAGCGGGGGAAACUGGUGGAGAACGAAUCGAACGUGCUGCAGGACGGCUCCCUGAUCGACCUGUGCGGGGCCACCCUCCUGUGGCGCACGCCGGCCGGCCUGCUGCGGGCCCCGACCCCGAAGCAGCUGGAGGCCCAGCGGCAGGAGGCCAACGCGGCCCGCCCGCAGUGCCCCGUGGGGCUCAGCACCCUGGCCUUCCCCAGCCCGGCCCGCGGGCGGGACGUGCCCGACAGACAGCAGCCCUGGGUGUACGUGCGCUGCGGCCACGUCCACGGCUACCACGGCUGGGGCUGCCGGCGGGAGCGGGGCCCCCAGGAGCGCGAGUGCCCGCUGUGCCGGCUGGUGGGCCCCUACGUGCCCCUGUGGCUGGGCCGGGAGGCCGGCCUCUGCCUGGACCCCGGCCCCCCCAGCCACGCCUUCGCCCCCUGCGGCCACGUGUGCUCCGAGAAGACGGCCCGCUACUGGGCGCGGACCCCGCUGCCCCACGGCACCCACGCCUUCCACGCCGCCUGCCCCUUCUGCGGGGCCUGGCUCACGGGGGAGCGCGGCUGCGUGCGACUCAUCUUCCAGGGCCCGCUGGACUAGCUCCGGGCCCGGGCCGCCCCGGACGAGGGACCUCGCGGGGGCCGGCGGCCCCCCUUCGGCCCCCCGC